GUCUCAACUCGCACGUGUACUCCAGAUUCUCAAAUUCGACCUGGAUCCGGAUCCGGAUCCAGAUACGGAUCCAGAUCCAUAUAGGGUCUGUUUCAGUCUCCACACUUUUGGUGCUGCAGUUGAAGAGCGGAAGUCGAAGCGAUAGCUAUCUUCAACCUUCCCCGUCAUAACUAGGUAGGAAUUUUGCAGAGAAUGAUGGCAGAAGAGAGAACAGCAUGUGUCUGGCAUGGCUAACGAUUCACCAGUGCGACUCAUAGACGAAUUCUCCAAGCAAAUUUUCCAAUAAGGGUCCUUGAUAACACUCUCCUUUUGCGUGGUCUUCAAACAUACGGGAGAAACAAAGUGAACGAAAAACAGAGAUGCUUGGAUUUUCAUAUGGAGAGAUAUUUCUCUUGCUUGGCGCUACUGCUGCUCUUAUUGGACCUAAGGAUCUGCCAAUCAUAGCAAGAACAGCUGGCAGAUUUGCUGGGCGUGCCAUUGGUUAUGUUCAAUUGGCCCGUGGUCAGUUUGAAAGUGUCAUGCAGCAGUCUCAAGCUCGCCAGGUGCAUAAGGAACUGCAAGAUACCAUUGCUCAACUAGAAGCCAUACGUCAUGAAAUUCGAACAGUCUCUUUUAUGAAUCCUGGUCCAUUGACAUCGAGGCUAGUAGACAACAUCAGCGCUACAGCUGGGGCUGGCACGAUAGCAAAUGGACCUCGGAAAUCUGAUGAAGAGAGCACAAUAGUUGAAAAUGGACCUAAAAAAUCUGAUAAAGAGAGCAAAACAGUAACUGUCACACCUAAGGAUCAUAAUUCAGGGAGUUCAGCUUUGACUGAUAUGCACAGCCAAGCAGCUGCUUAUGCGAGAUUGGCAGAAAUGACUCCUUUGAAAUCUCUGUCCGUGGAUAGGGAAGGUCUGAGUGAACUGACUGAUGAAUCUGGCAGUAUUAUUGUACUCCCUGUCUCUGCUGAGAGUGCCGGAUUGUUGCCAAAACGUAAAGAUGAAGCAAAGGGGUCUGACAUUGUCUUAGAAGCUAUACUAGAGGCAGAAGUGGCAAAUAAUGCCAAAGAAUUUUUCUCACAGCCACAAAAACCAUUAAAUAGUGAAUAAAGAGGUAUAUUGGAAGAACUUUUACACCAGUAGAAGGCGUCCAAGUGAGCAUGUUAGCAAUGGAUGAAAGAUCACCGGGGAAAGAGAGACGAUUUAGGCCCAGUUGGGGUCUAGUUACGGUUGAGUCUUUUACCUCGUCUCUGCAGAUAUUAUUCCCUUUCCCUCUCCCCUCUAAAUCAGCUAGGGCAUAUAAAGAAGAGACUACAGCAUUAAACCUUUCAUUGGGGUUUCCUCCAUUUCUUUUUGUUGGUUUUUCAAUUUUUCUUCUGUGAAGAUUCUUUUCUUCUUUCAUUUUGCCUCUGUAGUUUUCUUUCCUUCAAUCAAUCUGAAGAGACAGCAAUUUUGAUA